AUGAUGGGAGAAGAUAUACAUCGAUCUAAUACAAGACUAUCAUCUUCGGCUUCUUCCGCAGCUACUACUACUACAACUGCUACUUCUACAAAGUCAGCAGAAAAUACUACUAAUAGUAAAUCGUUAUAUUCUUCAACAAGUCAUAAAACAAUGCAUGCUUCUAAUGCUAUACCACAUUUUUCCACUAACAAUGCCAAUCUUUCCAGUCCUAAAGGAAAUCCCCUGUUUUAUAUAUUUGAAGAUGAAGAUUCAAAACCUCAUGUUCAACAACCGAAACCAACAUUCAUAUCUUCUUCAUCAUCCCCACGUCCGACUAUUCCACCUAUUAAUAAUCCAUUGUUAAAUGCACGACUGAGGAAUUUGGAAAGACCAUCAUCAUUGUUUGCCCCUUCACCAGUACCACAUUUGCCAAAAUCAAUAACCCCAGCUAGCAAUCAAAAUAACAGUAGCACUGAUAUAGACGAUAUAUUGAAGUUUCCGGUUGAAUCAUCACAUGCAUAUUCUUAUGCUCAUCUUUCUCCGAAUUCAUUAGCAUUACGAUUAAAUGUAUUAAAACGAUCAUUGGAAAUACUAAAGGACCGACCGGAUUUAUUUAGAUCCAUUGCACCGCAAGAAGAAGACGAUACAGAAGAAGAACAAGAGGAUAUAGACAUGGCAGAUGACGUAGAAUCUAUCGAUUCAUCAAAGCAAACAAUAUUUAAAACUGUCUCAAACCCACUUUAUUCAACAGAUGUUAAUCAUUCAAACCUGUCAGUAAAUUUGGUGGAAAACAAACUAAUUCCACCUAGAAGAGCAAGUGCAUUCUCAAUUAAAACGGAUAGCGAAUUUGUUCAUGAAAGUAAUUCAAAUAAAAAAUAUAAGAUUCAACCUAAUGCAUCUUCAGCUGCCUUAGCUGCAUUUUUCCGUCCACCUAUGAAACGUUCAGGCAGUUUACCUUUGGUUCAGGAACCUUCAUCCCCUCGUAUGUCAACACCUAGUAACCACCGCGCAAUUAAUAGAAAGAAGUCUGGAGAUCGUAGCCCUAAUGGCGACUUGCAAGAGAUUGUGAAUCUAUUAGAAAAGGAUUUGAAUGUAUUAAUGACCAACACCGAAGUUGCGUCCUCAUUGCACGAUUUGUCCUUUUCGCCUAAUGAUGAGAGUGUGAGAUUGAAACAUGAUUUCCUUAAGAAAAGGUUAUUAUAUGCAUUGGCUAUGCCAUUUAUGGAAACAACAGUUGGUACCUCUUCAUUGUUGCAAAGUGGAGAGGUAGCAGACGAUAACAACAAUCUUGCUUCAUCCCGUAUUAGACCUUCAACUACCGCAUUAAACUUAUUAAACAACAAUUAUACUACAAUGGGUCAAGUUCCAUCUUCAAUAAAUACAACUGGAAAUAAUAGACCAUUUCAUUCAAUGCUUGCUGGCAAACAUUCCUUACCUCAAUCGGUAUUUACAGUCGAGACUGAUUUUCCUUGGUCAGUAAUUGCUGCUAAUGACUUGGCAUGCCUUAUGUUUGGGGUACUGAAAAAUCUGAUUAAAUCGUUGACGUUUAUGGAUUUGAUUGCUCCUCAAUUCCGUGAUUUUGUCAUGGCUAGAAUAACGAAAUAUUUGGAAGGUAAUUUAGACCUAAGUCUGAGAAGAAGAAAGAAACGAAACUCAACAAUUGAUAAUAAUAUUUUAUUUGCCGGAGAAAUUGUGGCAAUUGUUAGACCAGGAGAUCAGAAUUUUGCUUGGACAUCCCUUUGGGCAAAAAGAAAGGGAAAUUUGAUUAUAUUGAUGUUUGAUCAGAUUCCAUGUGAUGCAUUUGAUGUUGUUAUUCUGUGUGAAAGAGACGAAUAUGGUGAUUACCAUAUUGAUAGCAUGGUGCCGGUUGCUGGUAAACUAGCUCAUGAUUGUGAUAUUGGUCGUUUUAAUAAUCUUAGUCAGUUGAGUGAAUCUUUGAAUAAAGAGUUGAAUAAGCAUGUUAACAACAACUCUGGCGAGGACCAUGAUGACGAGAGAGAUGUCGAAGAUAGUGAGAUCAUAAAUCAAACAAGAUAUUAUACAUUACAAUUGGCAAAUGAAAAUAUCCCAUGUGCUAUAACAUCCAAUCCAUUAGAAAUACAUGAAAAUAGAUCUGAAUUAAAAUUAAAGAUUCAUACAAUGCCAUACAUAGCAGGGAUAUUUGUGAUUAGUAGUUCAGAUUAUAAGAUCUUGUCAUGUAAUAAUGCAAUUGCCAGGAAUUUAUUUGGGAAAUCGAUAGAUAAUUUAUAUGAUCAUGCAUUUGAUGAAUUGAUCCCUAACUUCACCAAGAUUUUGAAUAUUGGACUAGAAACCAAUGUUGAUACAUUUGAACUAGUUCCGGGAUUAGUAUUACCAGAACAUUUCUUUAGGAAGUAUGAUGCUGUAUUGAGAAAGCUGCAAAGCUCUGAACUCGAAGAUGAAGAACAAUUAUUUUUCAAUUCUAAUGGUAUUGAAGGAAUACAUCGAGAUGGGAAAUCGCUUUUUGUUGAUGUUCAAUUGCGUGCAUCAUCUCAUGACACAUUAGUUGUUUGGGUAACAUAUUCGCGAUCAUAUAAGAAUAGACAUAUGGUUCGAGAAUUGGAUAAAUUGAGUUCAUCAACUUCAUCCAUAUCGUUAACUUCAUCAGGAGCCUCAAUGUCGUCAAAGCCACAUACUAGAGCUAGCUCCUUAAAGAGUAUGGAAAAGAAAAUACAUGAACGAUCCGUCACUAAUUUAGCUAGGUUACCUUCUCAAUUAAAAUUAUUUCAAGCAGAAACUGAACAAUUGGAAUUUUUGCCAAAAGAAAUCACCACUGGUUCCAGUGUACGAAAAGCAAAACGUGAUUCGUUUGGUAUACCGGUCAGCAGAAUCGAUAGUUUUCUAGCCACUACCACUACUACACAGGAACAUAGAAGGAAACCAUCAUCACCAUUGGUUUUGCUGACUCCGGUGAUGCAAGAACAUGCUUUGCCUGUAGAUCAAAUGCUGGGAGCUGCAACGAUUGUAGAAACUAAAGUCAGCAGUGUUACAACCACUACUAGGUAUAAAAAAUUUUCGGAAGAGGAAUUAUUAAAGUUGGAAAACCAAGCAAUUGAACAAAAGAUGAAUCAAUCGACAAGGUGGCCCAGAGAAGUUGGAUUAGCUCGUCGUACUAAGAAAUUUACAGAAUUCACUGUUGUUAAAGAUAUGGGAGAAGGAGCAUAUGGGAAAGUUGUGCUUGCUCGACAUAAAGAAGAUCCAGUGUAUACAAUAAUUAUCAAAUGUAUUGACAAGGAACGUAUUCUUGUAGAUACGUGGGUACGAGAUCGGAGAUUGGGUACCAUUCCAUCAGAAAUCCAAAUCAUGGCCUAUUUGAAUUCAGAACCUCAUCCAAAUAUAAUGAGAAUUAUUGAUUUUUUUGAAGAUCUGAAAUAUUAUUAUUUAGAAACUCCAAUAUUUGGAAAUCCGCCCGCAAUUGAUUUAUUUGAUUUUAUAGAAAUCAAGAAAGAUAUAUCCGAAUUUGAAUGUCAAUUGAUAUUUAAACAAAUCGUAGCGGCAAUAUAUCAUCUUCAUAAGAAUGGAAUCGUACAUCGUGAUAUCAAGGAUGAAAACAUUAUUGUUGAUGAGAAUGGAAUCAUCAAAUUAAUCGACUUUGGUAGUGCUGGAUACGUUAAACAAGGUCCAUUUGACGUUUUUGUGGGGACAAUAGAUUAUGCCUCACCCGAAGUGUUACGCGGGGAAAAGUAUGAAGGUAGACCUCAAGAUAUUUGGGCAUUGGGGAUUUUGUUGUAUACUAUGUUAUACAAAGAAAAUCCCUUUUAUAAUGUUGACGAGAUUAUGGAAGGUGAUUUAAGAAUUCCAUAUGUUAUAAGUGAGGCUUCUUUGGCUUUGAUUAGGAAGAUUUUGAAUAGAAAUAUUGAAAAAAGACCAACGAUUACGGAUAUUGUGGAGGACGAAUGGUUAAUGUUAUAA